UCAAGGCCUAGAAUCUAGAUCUAGAUCUAGAUCUAGAUUAUAGAUCUAGAUGUUACUAUAGUAUAGGCCUAACAAAGUCAUAGCCAUAGAUCUAGUCUUUGAUACACGGAAGCAGCGAUGGCAUCCAGUGUUCGCAAGAUUUUAGAUGCUUACUCGAAAAGGAAGUUUAUAAGACUUGGGAUUCCUUUUGUGGUCUUUGUUGCUGGAGGAUCAUUCUUUCUCAAACAAUUUGCAAGCCUUCGUUAUGAAUUUCGGAAAGGCAAGAUGCUGACCAAAGAAGAAGCCGAGAGCAUGGGCCUGAAGACAGUUGAUGUCAAGAUUGCUUCUCAAGAAAUGCUGAAG